AUGCUUCAUCACGAAUUCGAAAAACAAGAAAAGCUUUUUUUCGCUUGUAUUAAACAAGGUGUGGUCUUGUUAAUCACUUGGGAUUCGGGAAUGGAACUAGAUAACUUAAUAAGAGAUAAAAGUUGCCCUCGUACCCGCCUACAUCAAAAACUUAUUGAUUAUCAAGGUUAUUCUCCUUCUCCUUUUGCUGAUAAAAUGCAAUGGAUUUUAUUCCAAGUUGGCCUAUUUAGUGACGAAAUUUUAAAAUAUGACAUAUCCACUGUUACAACUGCUUUUAACAGUCCAAAUCAAUUUAUUUUUAUUAAUGUUUCGGUCAAAAUUGAUUUCGCCAAAAUAGUUGCUGAAUCAGUUGUUACUCCAAAAGUAAAACCAAAUUGUAAUUAUGUAGUCGGUGAAUUUGUUUCACAUACCUUUUUAGGUCACAUAUAUAAAGUUUUUAAUCAAGGAAUAUUGUUUGAAACAAGCAUGCCGGCUGAAAUAACUGAAUUUGAAACUACAAAUCAAUUACGUAUAUCAGGAAUAAUAUCUGCCCGUCCUAUUCCAAAGAUUUUAUAUCCUGAUUGUGAUUCUUAUAUUCAUAAAAUAGGAAUCGAAAUAUCUUUUCAGCAUGGUGCUACUAUUUAUAAAAUUUUAACUAAUCAUGAACAACACCCAGUGGUUCGCGCUGUGCGAUAUAUAAAUCAAAUCGCUAUAUCACGUAAAUAUUACAUGGUCAUUAUUAGAAAUCCAUAA